CCCCUCCCCGACGAGGCCCCUCCGCUGCCAAACGAAGCCCCGCCCGACCAGCCCGACGACGGCUGGGAGCCCAUCUGGGAGCCCACGCACCAGGCCUUUUACUUCUACAACCGCUUCACCCAGGCCACGCAGUGGGAGAACCCGCGCGUGCCAGCUGGCGACGCACCCGGCGCUGCUCCCGGCACCUCGGCGACGGGCACCAGCUCGAGUCUUGGCGCGCCGCCUGCCAUGGCCGAGGCGUCUGCCUCGCGACGGCCCCACGGCGGCUACAACCCCGCCAUUCACGGCGACUACGACCCCACGGCCGACUACGCGCUGGAGGCGAAAGCCGAGGAGGCCGAGGAGGCGGCAGCGCGAGAAGCAGCGUACGCGGCGGCAACAGCAGCCGGUGGUGCGGGCGGGGAAGGAGGAGGAUCUGGGGGCGGCAACGGCGCAGAGGCGUACUCGGCGACGGGGUACUUCAACCGGUUCACGGGGCGGUGGCAGGCCGGGCACAUCAACCCGGAGCAGCACAGCGACGAGAGCAAGAGCAAGCGCCAGCUGAACGCGUUCUUCGACGUCGACGCCGCGGCCAACAGCCACGACGGGCGCAGCCUCAAGGCCGAGCGCCAGGGCAAGAAGCUCUCCAAGAAGGAAAUCAAGGCGUUUCAGCAGAAGCGGCGCGAGAAGAAGGAGGAGAAGCGGCGCGCAUGGCUG